UAAGCGUCAGCCUUCUACAGUAUCGCCCUACGCUUUGCUCGGUGUUUUAUGGCUGCGGCAGCUACCUCCUCAUUCUCUUCAUCCCUCUCUGUGCGAACGUCGUCUUCGUCUUCGUCGAUCUGUAAAACCCCAAAACCCGUCUCUAAGCCCUUCAGUCUUGGUUUCGCGACGUCGUUUUCGAAGGGCCUGAAGGCUCUCAGAGCUACUACUCCUGGUUUUGUCGGUGGAUCCGCUCUCGGCGCCAAAAUGGUUUCGGUGCCGGCGAUCAAGCCCCUGACUUUGCUCGAUUUCGAGACCAAGGUCUUUAAGAAGGAGAAUGUCAACCUUGCUGGCAACGACGAAUAUAUUGUGAGAGGAGGGAGAAAUUUGUUCCCUUUGCUGGUGGAUGCGUUCAAGGGGAUUAAGCAGAUUGGUAUUAUUGGCUGGGGUUCACAGGGCCCCGCACAAGCUCAGAAUUUGAGGGAUUCUCUCGCUGAAGCAAAAUCUGAUAUUGUGGUCAAGAUUGGGCUGAGGACGGGCUCCCGCUCUUUUGCUGAAGCUCGUGCAGCUGGCUUUACUGAAGAGAAUGGCACUCUAGGUGAUAUGUGGGAAACUGUCUCAGGAAGUGAUCUUGUGUUGCUGCUGAUUUCUGAUUCUGCACAGGCUGAUAAUUAUGAGAAAGUAUUCUCCCACAUGAAGCCAAACAGCAUUCUUGGGCUUUCACAUGGUUUUCUUCUAGGCCAUUUGCAGUCAAUGGGACGUGAUUUCCCCAAGGAAAUUAGUGUCAUUGCUGUGUGCCCUAAGGGAAUGGGUCCUUCUGUAAGGAGACUUUAUGUCCAAGGCAAAGAGAUAAAUGGUGCAGGCAUUAAUUCAAGUUUUGCAGUUCACCAGGACGUUGAUGGUAGAGCCACAGAUGUUGCCCUAGGAUGGUCAGUUGCUCUUGGUUCUCCUUUCACAUUUGCCACUACACUAGAGCAGGAAUAUAAGAGUGACAUCUUUGGGGAGCGUGGCAUUUUGCUUGGUGCCGUCCAUGGAAUUGUGGAGUCCUUAUUUAGAAGGUAUACAGAAAAUGGAAUGAGUGAAGAUCUGGCUUACAAGAACACUGUUGAGUGCAUCACAGGAAUAAUAUCAAAGACCAUCUCAACCAAGGGUAUGUUGGCUGUAUACAACUCCUUGUCUGAAGAGGGCAAAAGGGAAUUUGAGUCCGCGUAUAGUGCAUCAUUUUAUCCCUGCAUGGACAUCCUGUAUGAAUGCUAUGAAGAUGUGGCCAGUGGUAGUGAGAUCCGCAGUGUUGUGUUGGCUGGGCGUCGCUUUUAUGAAAAAGAUGGUCUACCAGCUUUCCCAAUGGGUAAAAUUGAUCAGACUCGGAUGUGGAAAGUUGGUGAACGUGUCCGAUUAGCUCGGCCAGCAGGAGACCUUGGCCCAUUAUAUCCUUUCACUGCUGGUGUUUAUGUGGCAUUAAUGAUGGCGCAGAUUGAGAUACUGAGGAAGAAAGGGCACUCAUACUCUGAGAUCAUUAAUGAAAGUGUGAUUGAGUCGGUUGAUUCCUUGAAUCCCUUUAUGCAUGCUCGUGGAGUUUCUUUCAUGGUUGAUAAUUGUUCAACAACAGCACGAUUGGGAUCAAGGAAAUGGGCUCCACGUUUUGAUUACAUCAUCACUCAGCAGGCCUUGGUUGCAGUGGACAACGGUGCACUCAUAAACCAGGAUCUCAUCAGCAAUUUCCUAUCAGAUCCUGUGCAUGGAGCGAUUGAAGUAUGCGCUCAACUGAGACCUACAGUUGACAUUUCGGUGCCCCCAGAUGCAGACUUUGUUAGACCAGAGCUGCGCCAGUCUAGCAAUUAAAGCUUGGGUAUAACGCUAGAUCAUGGCUAAAUAAAAUUCCUUUUUGAAGGAUGUUUGAGGGUGAGUUGUUCUAAAAAUUCUGAGUGCUGUAGCUUUUACUCAAAUCUAACAUGCUUGGCUAAGUUUUUAGAUCUAUAUAAAUAGCCCUUAUGUGUUUAUGUUCUUUGUUGACUGUUGAUUGAAGGAAACGUGGCACUGCUCUAUUAGUGCUGUUGACUAAA